AUGAAAUCCCGGAGUCAGGAUCAGAGUUUGUCCGACUCCACGGAGCUGGACCGGUCUCACGACCCGCUCACAGGUAAUCCUCCGUACAAAUCCAAUAAAAAGACCAUAAAGCAGCGGUUCCUCAAACUGCUCCCCUGCUUUCGCUCUGGUAACUGUUUCAUCCCUCCCUCCCUCCGUGCAGGAAGUAUAGCUGAUGAUGGAGAACCGUCCACAGUGCGUUACCGACCGGAGGGGCUCGACCGGCUCGUACAGCAGACCAGCUUCAACAAGAAGGAGCUGCAGGUCCUUUACCGAGGAUUCAAGAGCGAGUGUCCGAGCGGUGUGGUGAACGAAGAGACCUUUAAAAGCAUCUACUCCCAUUUCUUCCCUCAGGGAGAUUCCAGUAUGUACGCACAUUUCCUGUUUGAAGCUUUUGACACCAACAACAAUGGAGCAGUUAACUUUGAGGACUUUGUUAUCAGUCUGUCCAUCAUCUUGAGAGGCUCCACCAUCGACAAACUCAACUGGGCUUUUAAUCUGUACGAUCUCAACAAGGACGGCUGCAUCACCAGAGAGGAGAUGACAGACAUCAUGAACUCCAUCUAUGACAUGAUGGGGAGCUAUACGUACCCCAACAUGAGGGACUGCGCCCCCAAGGAUCAUGUGGACAGUUUCUUCCAGAAAAUGGACAGGAACAAAGACGGGGUGGUCACCAUUGACGAGUUCCUGGAGACGUGUCAAAAGGAUGAAAACAUCAUGCAGUCCAUGCACAUGUUUGAUAACGUGAUCUAA